AUGGGCAUCAUUGGUCAUUGGAUCACCCCCGAGUUUGAAAAGCGAGAUGAACUUCUCGAAUUCACCGAGAUUAAUGGACCGCAUUCUAGAGAGAAUCUAGCGGAAGUUGUGUUGAAGAUGCUCGCCGAACUGGACAUCGCGCCAAAGCUCCUGACCAUCAUAGGGGAUAAUACGGCCAAUAACGGGACGCUCUGCGAUAGCCUGCAUGACUAG